CCAAAAACCCUAACAUCCGAAUUCUCUGGCAUUCCUCUCCUUCUCCUGCUCAAUCCUGACAGUGACUUUCCUCUGCCUGUAAAUUCCGUUUUUGUCAUGGCUUUCAAUUUUCGACACUGGAACAAUCACGCAGCGCUUUGGCAUCAGCAGCCUCCUUCCGGCGAACUGAUUUUCUUUGCCGGCCAUGCACUUAGAGAGGAUUUUCAUGGGUUGUCCAGUUUCAGACAGCACAUCCAGUACUUUCCCCUCCACCCCAUGGAUCCUCACUUUGCUAUUCAAAGAGAAAUGGAGAAAAAGAUAAUCAGAGAGGAAAUUAUAGAGGCUGAAAUAUUAAGGAGACGUCUGUUGGAAGAGGAGGUGCGGAGAGAAUUGAUGCUUGAGAGACAUAUGGCAUUGCACGGGGAGCUUGAGUCCAUUCACCCAUCUUCAAUGUUGUCCGAUCACAGAAGCUCAGAUUUUCAAUCUGAAACUACAUCUAUCGAGAAAAGACUUGAGGGCUCGGAGUCUAGGCCAUUUCAGCGCAGCUCAAAGCCUAUGAUCUUAGAGGUCAAACCUCGUUCCUUAGUUAGUGAAGGGAACCCCAUAACAAUGCAGGGUAAGCCUAUAAUGCACCUCUCUGGAUUGAAGCGUAAAGCCGAUACACCUCUGGAGGCAGUUAGCACUGAUGGGCUGCCCAUUUCAGCCAGCUCAAAGAAAACUAUGUGGAGUUGUUCCCUUUGCCAUGUUGAUGCUACAUGUGAGUCAGGUUUGAAGGCUCAUCUAAAUGGGAAGAAGCACAAAUGCAAGGAGCUAAAAUUAAGACGAAAUAAUAAUAAUAACAAUAAUAUUGAGGAGAAUAAACUGGAGCCUCUGGAGGAAGGAGAAAUUGAAACAUUGCUAGAAGCUAAGACAGAUUCCCUGCCCAAGAAAGAAGAAGAAGAAGAUUCUACUGUGAAGAAGAAGGUAGAAGAAAGUAAUGAAGUUGGUGAAAUGAAAGUAAAGACUGAGGAGGGAGAAAUUGAAGAUAAAAUGAAAACCGACAACUCGAAUAAGCUUAAGCUCCGGUGCGAUAUAUGUAAGGUUGGACCCUUGGAUCUUAAGCCGAUGAGAGAUCAUAAGAUGGGAAAGAAGCAUUUGAGAAAUGUUAAACUUUUUGGAGGAAGAGUCAUUCCUACAGUUAUCAAAAAAAUUCUUCCAGACAACUGAAAGUGAGGAUUUGGAUCUGGAAGCUGAAACUGCAGAUCUGGUUGCUACAGUAUCUGUCUACACUGUUGGAAAGAACAUGUAGGAGAUUUUUUCUUAUUUUUUGCUACAAAAACAUUUAGAAGAACUAAUUGAAGAGAACUAAAUUUGUGAAUUCCCAUAUAUGGUCAUCUUGUCCACAUGUUUUUGCUUGUUUAUUUGAUAUUUUUCAAACUG